AUGGCUCCUGAUCCUACCUCCCAGCCUAACGAGGCGGAGACCAUUUCACCGUCUCAGCGCCGGUUUAGCGCGGUUGAACCUCUAGACCGGCUCCAAGCUACCGUCCCUGCGGUCCCACCUCAAGCAGCGAAGCUCGAUAUCCGGUCAAUUCCUACCACCUCUACUGAACGUUGUCGCGCUUCCAACAUCGAUGUAUCCCCCGAUCAGGAUGUCGGACUUUCAGAGAAGAUCGCAGCGCUGGAGGACAAGGGCCAAGGGUUACCGCAGACAUACGCAGAGGAAACAGUCCUGUAUCUAGCAUACGGAUCAAACCUGGCCGCGAAGACCUUCCUUGGCAUGCGUGGCAUCAGACCGAUCUCGAAAAUCCGCGUCCUCGUGCCAGAUCUGCGCCUUACAUUCGACCUUCCCGGCGUCCCCUACGCUGAACCUUGUUUCGCAGCCACCCAGUUCCGGGAUCCUGAUGUUGCAUCCGAGUCAGAAUCCGAAUCCGAGGCCGACGUUGAUGAUGAUAAACUCCUCACUGAAAGCGAAUACCUAUCCGAAAAGGCGUCGCUUCAGACUCAAACAAAGGAGAUACGUACUGGUUCCCACGAGCGGCGAUGGCAUAAACCCCUCGUCGGUGUUGUGUACGAGGUCACACUGAUGGACUAUGCGAAGAUCAUCGCGACAGAGGGCGGUGGUCGUGGAUACAGGGACGUAGUCGUUGACUGCUACCCCUUCGCGGAAGGCUACAAGCCCACCAAUCCAGUCCCAGAUCACCCAUCUACCCAGGCCUUCAAGACACAUACCCUCCUCUCACCGGCAGCGGAUGACGCCCGAAAGAGGGUAUAUGCUGCCAAAGGUAUCGAGACCACAGCAUCUGACUCUUGCUCCACGUCCUCAAUAUUCGAUAUUCAGCCGCACAUGCGUCCGGACCCGGAGUAUGCGCAGCCCUCUGCACGGUACUUAGGUUUGCUUAUCACGGGUAGUGAGGAGCAUGAUCUCCCCGUGUCUUAUCGGGAAUAUCUUUCCGGCAUUCAUUCAUAUCAGAUGACCACGUCUCGGCAGAAGAUCGGGAAGGUGGUCUUUCUGGCGGUGUGGGGACCGCCUUUACUCUUGACACUGAAGCUUUCUAAGGUUUUCGCUGGUCCUGAUGGACGCAGUCCGCAAUGGCUAGCUUCCACAGCGAAUCUACUUUUCUUGGGACUGUGGAAUAGCUAUGACUAUUUCUUCAAAAAGGUGUUUGGGGAUGGUGAGAGGACUAUUGAUGAUACCCCGUCCUCGUGA